GCACACGGUAAAUGUCAAAAUGGAAUAUUGUCUACGGCACGAAGUUGUGUGCUUUAGUUUCAUAUCGUUUUGUAGGAACAUAUGAUUAAAACAAAACCAUUCAGGUGGUGUAUGGUAAUACACAUUGGUGAUGAAAUCCGAAUUGCCUGCAAUAUUUCAACACUGUCGAAGAGAUUUGAAAACGCAUCAUCGUUUUGCAUCAUCAAAAUGCGCCUGUUGAUUUGAUUUCGAGAACUGUCAUCAUUGUCGCAAUUGUCAACCAUUCAAACGAAGACGGAAAAAAACAAGUUGUAUUUGUACAUGAAGCUUCUUUAUUAAUCGUUGUAAAAAAGUAAAGAACAAUAUUCCAAGCCUUAUCAGUUUAGUGAUUUUUCACAUCAAGUGUGUAUAAAUAUCCUGUUAAGUGAAAAUCCCAAUUCAAGUUGCAAAUUCAAGUAGAUUGUUGCAGCGGUCGGUCGGCUUAAUUGGCUAAAAUCGAGUGUAAAUUUGUUUCAUGAAUUCGAAUUCAGUGUGUUACCGCAAUGACAUCAGAAAGUGAGGUACCACUUGAUAUCGGCGAUAAAUACAAGACCGUUCUCAAUGCGCUCAUCCAACAAAAUUACCAUGUUAUGAACGAUGUUUACCUUGACAUGUUCAUCUCACACAUAUCGGGAAAGAAUGGAAAAGACUAUUCUGCAUUAUUGACGGAUGAAUUUACGUUUGAAUGGAUCGAAAGAUCGGUAUCGAAGAUAUUCGGUGAACAUACGAAGAGUGUGAACGGUUUGGCAUUUACCUGUCAACUCAUCGGCUUGCUGACGGAAAAUCCAGAACACUUUUUGAGACUGAAACAACGGAACGUGUACAGUAGUAUUCAAAAUGGUUUAAAUGAAUCGAGCGAUCUGCAAACUCCGUCGGCAAAGUUAGCGUUGAUCGCAUUGUAUCAGUCGAUGUUGAAGCAUGAUGACGGCGUUGAAUGGCUAAAAACUGAAUUGGCAUGGAAGCAAGCAAUAAGCUAUUGCAUUGAAGAUCAAACCAUUUAUGUGGUGCGCCGUGCCAAGGAGUUCAUCACUGAAUUUUUAUUUCGCAUAGCCAACGACGAGAAUCUAUGCUUAGAUGUUAUCGUCGAAAUUUCCAGACCCAUUACGGAGAAUGUGUUUAGCAGCGAAAAGGGAAAUGUGUGUGUCGAUAGCUGUGAUUUACAGCACAAAGUUACGCCAUCCAUCAAUAUCAUUUGCACCGUGCUAGAGCGUUACAUUCAACUCAAUCAAAAAUCAUCAAUCGCACAUCACAUUAUCAAAACCACAAAAAGUCAAGUGAAUCUAUGGAAACUGUUCGACAUGACACAUGAUCACACACUAUUCGAUCGAAUCACACAAUGUUUGAUUUAUGUGAACUUUGGGCUGUUGGUCGAUAAAUUAAAUGCCAACGAAAUUCCGGACAAUACACCCAUUUCAGUGAUUGACUUCAAUGAUUUUGGUCUGACUUUUUUGAACUUUUCCAAAAUAUGCAUUUUGCGUAAUCAAAAUGAAGCGCUGCUAAAUGGUUCACGUCUCUAUUAUGCGAUGUGGAAAAUUAUGGGCGAUCGUGUGCCCGAAGAAAUUAUUCUCGGCAAUCAAUUGACUAAAUUCGAGAAUCAAGUGAUUCUCUUUCAAAUACUGCCACUUAUCAGUGUUAUGUUUCAAUACGGCGAUAAUUGUUAUCCAGAGCUACUAGAUGAUUAUGUCAUGAAAUUGUUCCACAUUUCCACUGAGCACACACUGCGAAUUUGCUAUUCAUUUCGAAAUUCGGUGACCGACGGCAAUGUGGAUCUGUAUGAUUUGGCCAGCAAAGCAAUUCGGGGAAUACUAUCGAUAAUUCACAUUUUGCAUCGCGAUCGAGCAGUCAUCGUAUUUCAAGCAUUGUGCCAUAUCAUCAAAGGAGUGUUCAGAGGUGAACAGUCCAAUAAAACGCUGGCGUUGUUUGCGAGGCCAACGUUUAUGUCGGCCGUUUUAACCGGACUCUAUUCGAUAGUUAAGAAAUACCGUAUCACGUGGAAAGACUCUUAUGAAUCGGUUGGCCUGCUCAAUUGCAUGUUGUACUCCAUUGAAGAUCCCAAUUUGUCACCGAGGUUGGCAGUCGAAGCACUGAAGUUAGCACAACUAUCGGUUGAACAUUUUAUGGCCCCAAAUUUGGCACUACUAGUUGAUACACUUUCUGGUUCGGAUAUGCAGAAGCUAGGACCAAUGAUUGUGAAACGAUUACACGACAGUAACUGGGAAGUCAGAGACAGUGUUUUGGAACUGUUAACAUCAAUAGCAAACAUAUCGUUAAUAAAAUUCCCUGCAUUCCAAGAGCACAUUCUAAGCAAUGGAUUGUGUCCGCUUGUCGUAGAUAUAGCGAAAAAUGAUAGUGAAUAUUAUGUGCGCGCAUCGGCAUUGAGCUGUAUUUCACAAAUGGUUCCAGUCAAUAUGUUUUGGGAGCAAUGCUUCUCAUCUCUUGAUUUAAUCACAUAUUUGAUCGAAAUAGCAAAAACCGAAUUCGAAGGUGUUGUUCGAAAGGAAGCGGUUUCGUUGAUCACAUGCAUUUAUGAGAAUCAAAAGGUUCCGUCCAAUCAAUUGGAGACGAUUUAUGAAGCGCUUUCCGUUGCCGCCACCCAUGAUCUGUUCUGGGAGGUCAAAGUGAAGGCAAUCGAAUUUUGGCAUUGUGUCAUCAAACGGCAGUUACAGUAUCAGGGAGUUAUCGAUGGAACGUUCCCAUCGGUGACAUUUUCAAAGGAAAAUAAGAAAAUUGUUAUGCUAACACAAAAGGAAAUCACAUUGCGAUUGACUAAGGUGUUGGUAAAACUGUCUACAUUUGGUUGUUUAGGUGUUUUAUUAGCGAGUUUAGAGGAUCAAGACGAUUUAUUAGUGGUAAAGAAGGGCGUUAGUGUUAUUAGAUCAUUAACCGAAUUUCUCGAUAAAUACAAUUACUGGGAAGAAGUGCGCGACAAUCAUUUCAGUUCCACCCGAUCGAUAUCGAAUGAUUCAUCAACAAGUGCAGGCACACCUACCACUUCAAAAGAUAUCGCAAUGGAUACCACAGAAAAUAAAUCGAAAGACGCCAGUAUUUCAACUACAGCGAAUGAUUCAAAGGGUGAUUUACCCAAUUCAGAUGAUGUCAUUCAAGCGAUCGUCUCGGCACAAGAUAUUAAUCUACUAUCAAAAGCAUAUGAAAAUCAAAUGAACGUGGAUGCAGACGAUGAAUCCAAUAAAACAGAAGAGAAUGCGGAAUAUUUUAAAUGUUUGCGCAAAAUAACGCCGGAAAUAUUCUUAGACACCAUCAAAACAACCGAUUUGAAUCAUUUACUCCAAACGAGAACCGAAUGGCUUGCCCAAACUGAGAGCUUCUCUUCGCUCCUGAACGACAUGUCGUACUCACUACAAGCACACGAACAACACGAUGCCGACUGCUACUGAAACCAUAUUUCGCAUUUAUAAAAUAGCCAUUAUGACCAUUGAAGAGUCAGUAAAUUUGUUACCUACAAUUUUUUUUAUCGAAUAUAUUUUUUGAACUGGCCUAAUUCAAUGAAAUAAAGAUAGUUAUACGCUUAAAAGGCUUGAGGUGUACUGAAAAAAUGACAUUUUAAUGCUCAAAUGAAACGAAAAGGCAGUUUUUUUUUCUUUCAAAAAAUGACUUCGAAAUAAAAAUACUGUACAAUGAAAA